AUGGCCGAACGCGAUUUCGCCCUGGAGAACCUUCCAGCCGAUGACCAGCUCAAUAGAGAUUCCGGAAGCGCUUCCCCCGUAUCCCCCGCACCCCCCGGAAUAUCGCCUGCCCAUAACGCAUCCGCUCCAUCCCUCCUUUCCCCUCAAGAUUCCAAUCCGGCCAUGUCCGCGCCUCCGUCAGCGUCCUUGGCUCAGAUCAACGCCGCACGUCGCGGUGCCGGAGCCUCACCACACCCGCAGUCCUCCAUACUUGCUAAAGGAAAUGGAGGUUUGAAUCAGGAUAUCAUGGCCAAGAUGAAGGCUUUCUCUCUUUCCCGACAAGGUGUUCCAUUGCCGCAUGUCGCAUCCACUGGCCAGAUCCCCACAUCCAACGAUGUUGGUGCGGGCGGCGCUUUAGCUGGACGGCUUCCACCCGGUGCACGACCCAGUCAAAAUCACUGGACCUCUUCGCCUGCUGUUCCGUCACUUUCGAGCCCCUCGUCCUCCCCCAAGCCUAGCGGGUUAGCUGCCAAGCGGAUGAAGCCUGGUCUCAAGCUGUCCGACGUGACCGGUGGACAGACCCCAUCAAAUGGAACAGAUACUAAGCCGCAAAAGGAGAAUGGAGGUGAAUCGGCUUUCAGCAAAUACGCCGAGUUUAUCGAUACCAAGUCCGGAACCUUGAAUUUCAAGAACAAGGCCAUCCUUCAUGGUGGUGGUGUGGAGUUCUCCUCUGGCCACAGUUUCAAGAUCUCCUUGGAUGAGGUCGAUCGUCUGGACGAGUUGGGCAAGGGAAACUAUGGCACUGUGUACAAGGUCCGACACAGCCGACCUCACCUUCGAAAACCGGGUCUGGGUGUGAGUGGAAUUGUCAGCCGGUCAGCUGUCUCUGAAGAUGCCGACCAAGCUGGCCACGAUAAUCUCUCCGGUGUGAUCAUGGCCAUGAAGGAAAUUCGACUUGAGCUGGAUGAGGCCAAAUUCGCUCAGAUUAUUAUGGAACUGGAUAUCCUGCACCGAUGCGUCUCCCCCUUCAUUAUCGAUUUCUACGGCGCGUUCUUCCAAGAAGGCGCUGUGUACAUGUGUGUUGAGUAUAUGGAUGGCGGUUCAAUUGACAAGAUCUACGAGGGCGGUCUUCCGGAGAACGUCUUGCGAAAGAUGACUUUGUCUACCAUUAUGGGAUUAAAGUCGCUUAAGGAUGAGCACAACAUCAUUCACCGCGAUGUGAAGCCGACAAACAUCCUGGUCAACAGCAGGGGUCAGAUCAAAAUUUGUGACUUUGGUGUGAGUGGAAACUUGGUUGCCAGUAUCGCCAAAACCAACAUCGGCUGUCAAAGUUACAUGGCACCAGAGCGUAUUGCAAGUGGUGGUAUGCAGCAAUCGGGAACGACCAGCGUUGGAACAUAUAGUGUACAAAGCGAUGUUUGGAGUUUGGGAUUGUCGAUCAUCGAGUGUGCCAUGGGCCGAUACCCUUACCCGCCAGAGACAUUCACCAACAUUUUCAGCCAGCUACACGCAAUUGUUCAUGGCGAUCCUCCGGGUCUUCCUGCGGAUGGUUAUUCCGAAGAGGCUCAUGCAUUUGUUCGAGCUUGUCUAGAUAAGAACCCGAAGAACCGACCAACUUACAACAUGCUGCUUCGCCACGCUUGGCUGCAGCCCCUCAUGCAACCCCCUACCGAGGCCGAGAACGAGGCCGUUGCCGAAGCCGAAGCAUCGGCAUCUGAUGAGGGUCUUCCUUCAUCCGUCACGGAAGACAAAGAAGUCGCCGACUGGGUACAAAGGCAACUCGACAUGAAGGCGAACGGUCUUCUCCCUACCACUGAAAAGCCUGCUCUGCAUACCGUGGCUUUGGAUAAAGUAGCCACCAGCCCUGUCAACGAUGACGAAACCACCCCUUGA